UUCGCUCGGUGCACCUCUAGCUCUCUGUUUGUGACCCCAGUGAAGAUGAAAUCCUUUGCCUUUGUCGUUCUGGCUGUCAUCAGCUUGGUCGUGGUGGAUGUCAGUGGACGUCCGGGUGGAGGGUACCUGCCACCACUGCCCCUGAAGGAGGUGUCCGCCGCACCCAGUUUCCAGCAGGUGGUGCAGCCACAGAUCCAGCAGGUCAUCCAGUCGCAGAUCCACGCCCAGGUGGAGUCCAUCAAGGCCUCCAUUCCACUGGCCAGCUUCACCAUCCAAUCUGGCGGUCAGCAGUACCAGAGUGCUCCAGCUCCCGUUUCGAUCCCUGCCCCUGUCCCUGCUCCAGCAGUCAUCCCCGCUCCCGCUCCCGCUCCCGUGGAGAACUCCCAGCCAGCUCCGCAGGUGAUCUAUGAGCCACCCAAGCCCAUUGUGGCCACCCAGACGUCGGUGAGGAACGCCUACCUGCCACCCACUCCCGUCCAGCAAUUUGUGCCCGCUCCCGAGCCAGUGGUUGAGACCAUUGCACCACAGCCACAGCAGGAGACCAUCACCACCACCUACACGGCCCCCGCUCCAGUGCCGAUUGCAGUUCAGGUUCCUGCCGUUCAUGAACAGCACCAGGUGGUGCACCAGACUUACUCUGCUCCAGCUCCCGCUCCAGUGGUUCAGCAGAGCUACUCUGCUCCAGUGGUUCAACAGAGCUACUCCGCUCCAGUGGUUCAACAAAGCUACUCUGCUCCUGCUCCCGCUCCUGUGGUUCAGCAGACUUACUCCGCUCCAGCUCCAGUUGUUCAGGAACAGACUUACUCAGCUCCCGCUCCUGCUCCAGUGGUUCAGCAGGCAUACUCUGCUCCAGUUCCAGCUCCAGUUGCUCAAGAGACUUACUCUUACCCAGCUCCAGUGGUCCAGCAAGCUCCUGUUAUUCAGCAGGCUCCGGUGGUUCAGGAAGUGAUUCAGCAAGCUCCUGUGGCUCAGCAGACAUAUUCAGCACCCGCUCCUGUGGUUCAGGAGGUUAUUCAGCAAGCUCCGGUGGUUCAGCAGGCUCCGGUGGUUCAUCAGACCUACAGUGCUCCGGCUCCAGUGGUUCAGCAAGCUCCAGUGGUUCAGCAAGCUCCAGUGGUUCAAGAAGUGAUUCAGCAAGCCCCUGCGGUUCAGGAAGUUAUUCAGCAAGCUCCAGUGGUUCAGGAGCAGCCUCAGGUGGUUCAACAGACCUACACUGCACCAGCUCCUGCUCCAGUUGCCCAGCAGACCUACUCUUACCCAGCUCCAGUGGUCCAGCAGGCUCCUGUCUACCAGCCAGCUCCGGUGGUUCAGGAAGUGGUUCAACAAGCUCCUGUGGCUCAGCAGACCUACUCCGCUCCCGCUCCAGUGGUUCAGGAAGUGGUUCACCAAGCUCCAGUGGCUCAGCAAACUUACGCCGCUCCCGCUCCAGUGGCUCAGCAGACCUACUCCGCUCCAGCUCCCGCUCCAGUGGUUCAGGAACAGUUCUACAAUGCUCCUGCUCCAGUAGUUCAGCAGAGCUACUCCGCUCCAGCUCCCGCUCCAGUUGCUCAGGAACAAUUCUACAGUGCUCCUGCUCCAGUGGCUCAGCAGACUUACUCCGCUCCGGCUCCUAUUUCGAUCCCUGAACCCAUCCAACAGGUGGUGCAGCAGCCGCAGUACAGUGGCUACUCCUACCGGGCUCCUCAGCCAGCUCCAGUUCCGGUUCAGGUGUCCAUUCCAGCUCCAGCUCCAGUGGUGAUCCCUGCUCCAGCUCCUGUUCCGAUUUCCAUUCCUGCUCCUGCUCCGAUUUCUCUUCCUGCUCCUGCUCCUGCUCCGGUUUCCAUCCCUGCUCCCGCUCCAGUGCAGCUGCAGCAAUCCUUUGUGCCCGCACCACCUGCCCCCAUCCAAGUCCAGCAACCAGCCCAACCCAUUGUGCAGUAUGCCCCACAGGCGGUGCAACAGCAGGUGACCUACACCCAGUCCGCCCCAGCUCCUGCUGCCAUUCCCAUUGUCCAGAAGACAGAGAUCGUGGCCGCUCCCGCUCCCGCUCCAGUGCCCGUUGAGAUCGGAACCAGCUACGCCGCCAACGGGGGAUACCUGUACUAGGAUGUAGGAUGCCCGUGAACGGACCCCGGCGGAGGUCCGAACUCGCAUCGAGUUGGGGAUCGAACGCCAAUCGCCAAUCGCUGAUCGCCAAUCGGUUCAUCAGAACUUAGUGUUACGUAGCCAAUUUCUAGCACCUUUUUUUUAUCGUUAUACAAUUUUUGUUAAACCAAUAAACUGUUUUUGUUAUAUAAAAAAAAAAA